UCUCAUACGUCCAUUUUUUUUGUCAGCCGACGUGCAGACGAGAAGAGACAUCCUUGUGAACGCCGCAUUUUGGUGCUAGGCACCAAAAUUUAUUGAUAUCUCUGUAUUUUCGGCCUAAAUCAGUCAGCGAUGCGGUGCUCAGAACUCUUUCUCAUCCUCCUGGCUGGCUGUUUCAUUGUAACCACAGCACAACGGGGAUCAGCUACCAAAGGCGUGGAGGAAGUAACUGAUAUCAAGGAUUUCAAAAAGUUGCUUAGAACAAAAAACAAUGUUCUUAUGUUAUUUGUUAGCUCAUUAAAGGCUGGGGACUCAACAGUUCGUAUUUUCAAAGAUGCUGCUGGUACUGUUCGGGGACAAGGCACAAUGGUUCUUGUUGAUUGCUCGGGGGAAGGUAAAAAAAUGUGCAAGAAGUUAAAGGUUAAUCCUGAACCUGUAUCUUUAAAACACUAUAAAAACGGAGAGUUUCAUAAAGAUUAUGAUCGGAAAAUGACUGCGCAGUCAAUGGUCAGUUUCAUGAAGGAUCCUAGUGGUGAUGCACCAUGGGAGGAAGAUGAUACUGCUACUGAUGUGAAACAUCUAGAAAGUCCAGAGAGUCUUGUGAGAUUAAUAAAGAAGGAAACGCGACCACUGUUGGUACUCUUCUACGCUCCCUGGUGUGGAUUCUGUAAGCAGUUGAAGCCUCAUUAUGGUGAUGCAGCAAGAGAGUUACGGGAUGAAGCUGUAAUGGCUGCUAUUGAUGUUGAUCGCCCUGAAAAUAAUGUUGUAAGACAUCAAUUCAACAUAUCUGCCUUUCCGACUCUGCUAUAUUUUAAGAAUGGAAGAAUGCAAUUCGCAUAUGAAGGGGCAAAUAAAAAAAAUGAUUUAGUUGCAUUUAUGAGAGAUCCCUCUGAAACAGCACGCAAGGAAAAAGAGAAGCCUAAAGAGGAACCUUGGUCUGCUACUCCUUCUGAUGUUGUUCAUUUGACAGUUGAUGAUUUUGACUCAUUUAUCCAGGAAGAGCAAACUGUUCUUGUAAUGUUUUACGCUCCAUGGUGUGGACACUGUAAAAGGAUGAAACCUGACUAUGAAAAAGCAGCACGAAUGAUGGUGGAUCAGAAGAUUCCAGGCAAGCUAGCUGCUGUUGAUGCCACUGUUGAACAAAGCCUUGCUAAGAAAUUUAAAGUUCAAGGCUAUCCUACAGUAAAACUUUUCCACGAGGGAGAAUUCAAAUUUGAUGCAAAUGCUCGUGAUAUUGAGCGCAUAAUUGCUUUGAUGAAAGAUCCCACAAAGCCACCUCCAGUCCCUGAAGAGGAGAAGCCAUGGUCUGCUGUUCCUAGUGAAGUUAUUCACUUAACCACUGAUACUUUUAAACAGGUUCUGAAGAAAAAAAGACAUGCCCUUGUCAUGUAUUAUGCACCAUGGUGUGGGCACUGUAAAACCUUGAAACCCUACUACCAGGAUGCAGCUCAAGUGUUUGAAGAUGAGCCUCAAGUUACUUUUGCAGCUUUGGAUUGUACAGAACAUGGGGAAGUUUGCAAAUUUGCAGGAGUUUCAGGAUAUCCCACCCUAAAAUAUUACCACUAUUACAAUAAGGGUCAAGCAGACUACAAUGGUGGUAGAACUAAAGACGACCUCAUCAAAUAUAUGAGGAAUCCACCUCAGGUGACAAAAGAUGAACUGUAGAGGUGCAAUGAUUAUCUUAAAAUUUAAACCUUUAAUUUUUUGUUUUGGUUUGGGAAGUGUCUGACUUAAAAGAUUCAGUGAUUUUGCAUAAGUCGUCUAGUGCUAUAUGAAAAUGUUUCCUAAAUAUUAAAGUUUACAAAUUACCCUUCAUAAAAUGAUCUGUUGGAUAGACCUUUUGGCAUAGUGAAGAAGGGUAAAAUAAUGUGCUAAACUUGUGAUUGUUUUCCUGUGCUAUUGGCUCGAUAAGCCACUAACAAUUACUAAUGAUUUUUAAUCAACUUUUCUUGUAUUAUGAAAUCUAUACCAUUUGCUCACCCCCAACUCUUCAUAUUGACAUUCCCCUAAAUGUAUUAUGGCUUCCGAGUUUAAUUUUAAUAUGCAUUGUUUUGUUUAUGGUCAAUACUCACAUGUGGUAGGAUAUAAGGUUUUGCAUUUAUUAGCAUAAUUCUAAUUCUUUUGAAAUCUAUAGACUGAUUAUGAGAUCUGAACUUCAAUACUUCCAUAUUCCCCUUUGAAUGAUCUGUCUUUCUCCAUCUCCUUAGACGAGGUCUAUCUUCUACCUUCCCAUUUCUACCUAAUCAUAAACUAAAUGUUAAAUAAGACUGUAAAGGUUCAACUAUGUAGGUGGUACAGUGUGUGUUGAAAUGAUUCUGAUAUGAGUGUUAAACAGUAUUUGCUUUUUAUUUUUUUACCAAUUAUUGAAUACCAUGUACUAUGACAUGUUAUCUAUUUGUAAGAUGUACAUUUCCCUCAUAAUGACAGUUUUCUUGUUACACAAUUCUAAUAAUCUUUUAUUGUAUGCAAUAUGCUUUACUUGUCUAUUGGUAUAUCAUCAAAUUUUUUAAAUUACAGCUUUUAGCCCAUAUGCUGAUAUUAAUUUUCAGUUUGCUGUUUAUCUUCUAUAUGAUAUAGGCUUGUCAUUUUAACUAUCUAAAUUUUUGAAACAUCACAUCAUGUAAGGAAAUAUUGCAAAUUUGUCUCUUGUGUACCUGCAAAUUUCUAAGCUACUUUAUUUCUCUUAGAAGUGUUCCACUCAAUACAAAAAAUCAUAGCAAUUUGUAAUUUUUUUUUUUGAACAUUUGUAUUUUUCUAUGGAAUAAUAAUCCUCCACUUCAUAAACUAAAA